UUGCCGGCUGGCUCCCCACUCUGCCAGAGCGAGGCGGGGUAGUGAGGACUCCGCGACGCGUCCGCACCCUGCGGCCAGAGCCGCUUUGAGCUCAGCUGCGGCCGCGCUAGGCGCUUUUCCCCAGAAGCAAUCCAGGAGCGCCCGCUAGUUCUUGAGCGCCAGGAAAAGCCCGGAGCUAACUACCGGCGGCUCGACCAUCGCACGGGGCCCCAAGCCGCAGAAGGACGGCGGGAGGGUAAUGAAGCUGAGCCCAGCUCUUCUAGGAAGGAGAGAGUGCGCCGGAGCAGCGUGGGAAAGAAGGGAGGAGUGUCGUUAAGUUUACGGCCAACGGUGGAUUAUCCGGGCCUCUGCGCGUCUGGGGACUGCGGAAUGCGCGAGGAGAACAAGGGCAUGCCCAGUGGAGGCGGCAGCGAUGAGGGCCUGACCAGCGCCGCGGCGCGGGGACUAGUGGAGAAGGUGCGACAGCUCCUGGAAGCCGGCGCGGAUCCCAACGGAGUCAACCGCUUCGGGAGGCGCGCGAUCCAGGUCAUGAUGAUGGGCAGCGCCCGCGUGGCGGAGCUGCUGCUGCUCCACGGCGCAGAGCCCAACUGCGCUGACCCCGCCACUCUCACCCGACCGGUGCAUGACGCUGCCCGGGAGGGCUUCCUGGACACGCUGGUGGUGCUGCACCGGGCUGGGGCGCGGCUGGACGUGCGCGAUGCCUGGGGUCGUCUGCCCGUGGACCUGGCCGAGGAGCGGGGCCACCGUGACGUUGCAGGGUACCUGCGCGCGGCCACGGGGGACUGACGCCAGGUUCCCCAGCCGCCCGGUUCCCCAGCUGCCCACAACGACUUUAUUUUCUUCCCCAAUUUCCCACCCCCACCCACCUAAUUCGAUGAAGGCUGCCAACGGGGAGUGGCGGAAAGCCUGUAAGCCUACAAGCCUGUCUGAGACUCGCAGGAAGGAGGAGCCGACCGGGAAUAACCUUCCAUACAUUUUUUUCUUUGUCCGGAUCUGGCCCUCGAUACUCACCAUGAAGCCAAACACAGAGACGCAGAUUUCCAGGGAUAUUUAGGAGUGUGUGACGUUCCAGAGGUUUUUCUGAGGGAAAGUGCAUAUGAAAUCCUUGACCGGCCCUGGUGGCUACAGAAGAAUCUUCCGAUGGAAUGACUCCAGCGCCGAGCGGGAGAAGGCAGUGAUUGGCAUUUGGGUGGGGGCAGUCGAUGCGUUCACUCCACUGUCUGCUGAGGAGUUAAGGCGAACCCACAAGUUAGGCCCUAGAGGCAAAAAGGAAAACCUGAAGACUGAGGACAAAGUGGACGAGGGCAGAGGUGGGCUUCAGUAAGUGCCCGGCGGCGCUUUAAUUUGUGUGCAUGGCAAGUAACACGCGAAACGACACUCUCUGGAAGCCCUGGAGACCCGCGCCCAACUCCACCAGAUAGCAGAGGGGUAAGAGAGGAUGUGCAAGCCACGACAGAUCCUAAAAUCCCUGGAUCACGACGCCGCAGAGCACCUUUGCAGAGGGUGCUGGCCUUUGCUUUAACUACACUGAGAGAUUCCCGCGGCGUUCCGGAGGCAGACUCCACAGGAUGAGGUGGUGGAAUGGAGUGAAAGCAAUUUUAACGGUUAACUGUAACGUUUUCUUUCAUACACACACACACACACACACACACAUAUGCUAGGAUGCGGAAAUCGCCUUGUGACUUGCUGCUUUUUGAUUUUGUGAUAUUUUGUACUUUUUAGUUGUUCAGCAACUGUCUUAUUUAAUGGGGAGAUUUUAAGUAACAUUAUAACUGGUGGCUCUCAGUUAAAAUGUAAGGAAGAACUACAGCUCUUAAAUGUAGCAAUGGCGCUGUAGCAAACUCAGUGCAAAUGCCUAGAUUGCUUUCUUCUUAACCUAUUUAUUUCUUUGUUAAAUUUUUCUGAUUGUUUCCUUUAUAGAGUGUCUCAGGGUGCAGAGGUCAGACUAAGAAAUAUCCCAAAUGUCUUUUAGAAGAUAGAUGCACGUAUGCAGUAAAUUGUCUUGGCAUAUUUCCCAAAAGAUUGCUGAAAAAAUAGAUUGACUAUAAAAACUUGAAAAUAUGUGAUGGCUCAUGGGAUGUCCUACUAUUUCCUGAACAAUCUAAAGGUGCACUGCUUUGGGAUUUAAUUUCCAGUGUUGCUUUAUCAUUAUAUCAUUGGAACUGAUACUUCACUGCUUUCAUAAAGAAUUAACAGAGAUUGAACUCCAAGAGGUGGGUAAUUUGGUUUAAAAAUGUAUGUUCAUGGAUUUACCACUAACUCCUGAGAAAUGUUAAAGGUUCACAGGGGUUCCCUUCUCUCAACAUUUGUAAUAAUUGCUCAGAAGCAAUACCAGCAAUUCAUAAAAACUGCUUACAUAUGCCAUAGAAAAUUAAACACAAAAUUUAUACAUGUAUUAUGCUUCUAAAUGCUCAUUCCACUAGAUACACAUUUAAAAGAUAAAAAAGGAACAGAAAAAAGUAAUUGGAGAGUGGAGACUUAUAAGAAGGAGUACAUCUGAGUUGAACACACAAAUCUUUACUUCUCUACCAAUUCCUAUUCCCAAAGUGAACAUAUUACUGGGGAAAGUUAGUUGAGAAUCAGAUCUUAUAUUAUUGGGGAAAGGAUAUAUUUAUUGACACAUAAUCUGUACCAGGUAUGCAUUAAAAUAUAUUUGUUCAUUUAAUACAUAAACCUGAGAGGUAUUGUUUCCCAGAUGAGGACAAUGAGGCAAAGAAAUAUCAAAUAACUUGCCAAAGAUCACAAGAUAUUCAUUCCAUGGGUGCACAAAGUAAGUGCAUCUAGUUCCAAAGCUGAUUAUGGUUGUCUUGCUUUUCUUCCCGUUGCACCAGCUUGUCCUCCAAAAUCAAUAAUGAUACACAUGAAGAUAACUUAAAAAAAAAAAAAAAGCAGAAAUACACAGUGAUCUCCCUUGUAAGUUCCUAAGGAGGCUUUUCUUUCUCUAACUUCUAGUGAAUAUAAACAGCUUGUUUGAAAACUAUUUUAAAAUGUCAACAAUAUGGAGAAUACCCCCCAAAAAAAACACCUAUAAGAACCCAAAUGUUUGGAACAAAGAUUAUGGAACCUCCAUUUUCAAACUGAAGCACAGAGACAGAAAAUAUAUUUCUAGUUAUCACUUAAGCACUCAAUCAUUAGAGGUUACAAGAAUAAUAUUUUUAAAGUGACAGUAUUUUACAAUUACUAGAAAACAUUCUAUGUAAAGGAAGUCAGUUGAUAAUUUAAAAUCUGCCGUUUGAUUUAUAAAAUCCCUUAAUAUGACCUCUAUAUCUUAAAUUCCAAGACGUUUAAAUUUGUUAGUUGCAUUAUACUGGGUCAUGAAAAAUUAUCCCUUGAAAUAGAUAUGAAACAUGUUACUUCAUUUCUAGUUUAAAUAACUUGUGGAAUCUUUCCUAAUGACAACCUGAUAUUAAGGGAAACUAAAGAAAAUGCUAUUGUGGAUCCCACAGUACUAUAUUACACUGCUUUUUAGUUUUGUUAGGUUUUUUUCUUGGGGGGGGGCGGGUACAAACCUAAAACAUUAUUAGGUCUCAAUUACCACAUGGUUGUAUUGAAAUAGUAACUUAUCGAUGCCAUGUAAAAAUUAAUUCCAUAUUCGAAGCCACCUGGCAGACAGGUUUAGCUGUUUCAUCAGCAGCCUAAUAUAUACUGUUAAAUUUGUUAAGGAUUUCACUUUGAAGGAUACAUGCAAAAACAUAUAGUUACUAUUUUCAUGAGUCCUGCUUCUGGCUCCAUUGUGGAAUUACAGAAAAUUAAAUAUACCUGUUAAGUUUGUAUCUAAGUCUAAGACAUUACCAAGGUUUAUACAAAUUCUACUGACAUUUAUUCCAAGAAGAUCUGGAAAGUAAAAUAAAUUUAUAAAUUUAAUAACAUUCA